AUGGCCAAGGACAUGAACCGCAUUGAGGAGGCCGUGCUAGGGAAGAUCCAGCAGCGUGUCCACAGCCGGACGACCGAGGAGACGUUCUUGGCAAGAGCGCUUCGGCACCACGACCUCUCCGGGGCUGGCUUCCUAGAUCUGGACAACUUCACCAGGGCGAUGCUUCCAUACACAGCUGGCGUCAGCGACAAGGAUGUCCGUGCCAUUUUCGACCGUUACGCCGAGGAGGGGCUGCUGCCGAUCCGGGCGUUUGCCCACGAGUUCACCAGUGGCGUGCGGCGAGAGGCAGAUGCCAAUGACCAGGUAGGAUUCGCGUUGGGUGAAGAGAAGGGCCAAGGCCAAGGCGACAGCGAGGCACCAGAGGAGGUGCUAGAGAGGCUCCGGGAUUACCUCUACGAGCAGGGCCCAAGGGGCAUCACCUCUUUGGCAGCAGCCAUGCGAGAUGCCGAUCCACAGAAUGCACGGGUCAUCACCUUUGACGUCUUUCAGAAGGUCCUGUCUGAUGCCUUUGGCGACCUGCAGGUGGAUGCCGAGCCUCUGUUCGACCUCUUACGCCAGCCUCACGUCCACCUUCUGCCCUACGACGAGUUUCUGUUGGCCCUGAAAGAGGAGCCAGGCCCGCCUCGCCGUGCCGCCAUCCGCGGGGCCUUCCGGCGCCUGGAUGUGGCCUCCGAGGGCCUGGUGGACCUCACGGUGAUGUUGCGUGCCUUCAACGCCCAGCGCCAUCCGCAGGUGUCGGCAGGCAUACGCACGGCGGAGGAGGUGCGGGAAGAAUUCGCCGACACCCUGAAGGACCAUGUCAGCUUCCGACGGGGCCAGCGUUCGUACCCUACGAAUCUGGUGGCCUGGGAGGAGUUUGAGGACUACUAUAAGUCAAUCAGUGGCUGCUUCCCCUCAGACGAAGAAUUCUGCGGCUUGCUGGAGAAGGUCUGGGACUUGAACAAAGCGCCGGAUGCUUCCGUGGAGGGCCGAGUGGCCUUGGCGAGGCCCGCAGCCGGUGCCCCGGCCAAAGUCCGCACAGGGCUCCACCACUGGCAGACCAACACGCUGCCGACCACGGUCACGCACCACAAAGUGGAGCUUGUCACGCAGAUCGGCGAUGUGAUGCAGCGCGCACGAGCUUUGAUCGCCAGGCGGGGCUUGCGUGCUGCGGUGGACGUUGUGCAGCAUUUCUAUGCUGCCGAUGACGACGUUGACGACCAGCUGGACACGUACGAGUUCCGACAGGCCUGCCGGAAGGCAGGUCUCGGCUUCCGGGAGGCCGAGGAGGUCUCCGUCUUUGAAGCGUGUGCGGCGACCAAGGGCAAGAUCCAGUUGCCGGCCUUUUUCAAGCUGCUGCACGGGGAGCUGGGGGGCAUGCGGCGGCGGCUGGUGGAGCGGGCCUUCGGCGCGCUGGGAGGCGACGCGGCGGACGCGAGCUCCCGAGUGAGCCCAGCCGUGCUCAAGGAGCGCUUUGUAGCUCAGGCCCACCCACUAGUGGUGCGCGGCCAGCUGGAGCCUGGCCACGUCCUAGCUGAGUUCCUGGACACCUUCAGCCAACUGGCGCAUGUUCUCGGUGGUUGCGAGAACGGCAUGGUCUCCUUCGCCGAUUUCCUCGCUUACUAUGAAGUCGUGUCUUCCACGGUCGAAAACGAUUCUUUAUUCGAUUUGAUCGUGCAGCGCGUAUGGGAUGUACCCAAGGCACAGCCGCGGGAGGCCUGGGCCGAUGGCGAGGCCGAGUCCCCGAGGCGAUGCAGGGCAUCAUUGGAGUCGGCCCCAUCCCCCAUGGCAGAGCGCAGGCCUCCGCCUCACGCGGGGCCAUCGGCCUACGCCAUGGAAAGCCCACAAAGGGAGGCCAAGCAGGACCACAGGCGCUUUGGCCGCAGCGCACAGGCCUCGGCCAUCACCAAAUCCUCCAUCGUCUUUGAUGAGCGUAGCAGCUCAGUAGCUGACGUUCUGAACAGGCUACGACGCAGCAUCGCGCUUCGGGGGCUUCGUGGCUGGCUGGCCCUCGUCCAGCGGCUUCAAAACCAUGACUACCGGAGGAACGGGACGAUCAUGCGCCUGGACUGGCAGCGCCUGAACCGCGUCCUGGGCCUUGGCCUCUCGCCGGAGGACCAAGAGCUCCUCUUCAAGGAGCUGUCGCAGAAGAAGAAAGGCGCUGCCAUGGACCGGGCAGAGAACAAUAGAGAACAGCUUGGAUCAUGUUUCAUGUUGGCGGAAUUAAACUAG